CAAUCAUUCAAAUAUCAUCACACCAAAUCUAUCGUGGCUCUCGUUGAAUUUUAUUUAUAACCGACACAAAUUGUAAGAAAUAACCAAGAAAAUCAAGAAGGUGGAACCAUUCGUCCAUUCCCUACGCCACAAGUCUUUUUCAACGGUGGAUGGCUGGCUGGCUGUCUAAUUGAGCCUUUUCUUUUGAACCCCUUUUAGUUCUGUAACUACAUUUUACCAGGUAUAAUAGUAUAUUAGUUAAUAUUAAGCCGUAUUACACAUUUUUUUUUUUCACCUAACGUUUAUAUAUAUAUAUAAUAUUUUUUAGUUACAGAAAAUCCUCACCACUUUAAAUUACGAUGCAAUAAGAUCAAUCUAAAUGGAUAACUUGUAAAGAAAAGAAAAUGAUACAGUAUUCGUGGUUCGGAAUAAGUCAAGUAUGAUUCGAACAUCGUACAAUAUUGGUAUUUGACAAUAAUCCUUGGAGAAAAAACAAAUAAAAAGUUUCUGCAGAAAAGUUUAAUUUUCAUAAAAAUACAAAAAGAAAAACGUUGAUUGGUUGAGAAAAAUACGCACACUUAUUUAGUUCUUCUUGACCAAUAAAAUAAAAUAAAAUCUCCUAAAAGUCAAGUUUCCUCAAUCGGGCAAAACACGGCGGACGCGCUUUCUUCAAUCAAAAACUCGUCUGCUAAUAAGUCUCUUUUCGUCUUCAGCUUCUUCCGCUUUUUCUGAUUGCUUCUCUGAUCUCUUAUCUCUAAUUCUAAUCCAUAGUAAACUCGAUUUCAUCAUCUUCUGCUCACAACACUUACUGUUGUUGUUGUUGUUGUUAUUGUUCUUCUCGAUUCACUCGAUCGAUGUUGUUCAAAAUGCGUUCUUUUGUGGCUUUUGUGCUCCUUCUGAGCUGGUUCGGUUCGUGUUGUUCUCUCAAGGACCAAGCUGUAGAUUUUCUCAAAAGUGAAGAUAGUUUAAAGAAAGAUCUAUCGUCAGAUGAAGAUUCCACGUAUUUGAAAGCUUUUGGAUUUCACAGGAAAACACUUGUCCGUAACCCUUACAAAGACUUGCCUUCAAGAAAAGACCGCAAAAACCGUGUUGUGGCUGCAACUACAACACCAUCAUCAUCCCCAGAACCUGCUCCAAAACAUGUUUCAACUAAAGCUUCAACAGUUUCAGAGCCACAAAAGAGAUCAUCUACACAAGAUGUUUCACCUUCUCCAUCUGCGCCACUUGCAAACUCUCCCAUUCCAAGAAACUCUCAUUCUUCUGUUCCUUUAGUUGUUGGCUGCGUAGGCGGUGCUUUUUUUCUUCUCCUUGUAGCUACCGGUCUCUACUUUUUCACAAGUAAGGCCGGGAAAACUGUGAAUCCUUGGCGUACUGGUCUUAGUGGACAACUUCAGAAAGUAUUCGUUACUGGUAUUCCUGUACUCAAAAGAUCUGAGAUUGAAGCUGCAUGUGAAGAUUUUAGUAAUGUCAUUGGAUCUUGUCCCAUUGGGAAGUUGUUCAAAGGAACAUUAUCAAGUGGAGUGGAGAUUGCUGUUGCUUCUUUUGCUACUACUACUGCCAAAGACUGGAAGGACAGUACAGAAAUUCACUUCAGGAAGAAGAUCGAAAUGUUAUCGAAGAUCAACCACAAGAAUUUUGCAAACCUUCUUGGUUAUUGUGAAGAAAAGGAACCUUUCACCAGGAUCUUGAUCUUUGAGUAUGCUCCAAAUGGAUCACUCUUUGAGCAUUUACAUUAUAAAGAAUCAGAACACUUGGAUUGGGGAAUGCGGUUAAGAAUUGCAAUGGGAUUAGCAUAUUGCCUUGACCAUAUGCACCAACUCAAUCCACCUAUAGCUCACACCAAUCUCGUCUCAUCAUCUCUUCAGCUCACAGAGGAUUAUGCUGUCAAAGUAUCAGAUUUCAGUUUCGGUUCAUCUGAGACAGAGACUAACAUCAACAACAACACAGUCAUAGACACACACAUCUCAGCCUUGAAUCCAGAAGACAACAUUUACAGCUUUGGUUUACUGUUAUUCGAAAUGAUAACCGGGAAACUCAUAGAAUCCGUUAACAAACCUGACUCAGUAGAUAGCUCGCUGGUUGAUUUCUUAAGAGGAGAGACUCUAGCCAAAAUGGUAGAUCCAACACUGGAAUCUUAUGAUGCCAAGAUUGAGAAUAUAGGUGAAGUGAUCAAAUCAUGCCUUAGGACUGACCCGAAAGAGAGACCUACAAUGCAAGAAGUCACAGGAUGGUUACGGGAGAUCACGGGAUUGUCACCGAACGAUGCUACACCGAAAUUGUCACCUCUUUGGUGGGCAGAGUUGGAGGUUUUGUCCACGGCGUAAGAGAGACCCCUUCACUAAUAAAACUGUAUAUAUUUUGAAGAUGUGAGUUUUGUAAGUGUCUGUUUUAUUUAUCUCUCGUAAUAUUGGUAAAGCAAAAUUGAAGUUCUCUUCAAGUUUAGUAAAUUUACAAACAUGUAUAUGAUAAAUUAGUGUGCAUAUCGGAAAAAAGUUCUUGUGAAAAUUAUAUCCGUUUUCUUCUAUA